AUGAAAGAAAUGUAAAAUUAAGAGUAAAAUAUAUUAUAAAUCUAAUUUAGGCAAUUAAUUAAAAAAUAUGAAGAGGAAUGUCUCAAAUUAAAGAAUGAAAAUAGUACAUUAUAAAAUUUACUUAGAGAAGCUAAUUUUAACCUAUAAACACAUAUAGAUCUAUUAAAUAAAGAAAAAAUUAAUAAAAUUCAACCUAAAAUAAGAAUUUAAAAUAGAAAUAUAGAACCUAAAAAUGAUUAGGUUUCUAUCUAAAAUUCAUAAUUAUUCUAAUCUAAUUACAAAAAAUAGAUUAAUUACAGAAACAAAUGUGGCCACUUUUUAGAUAUUUCUAAAAUACAAUAAUAAGUAGAUUUUGCAAUUAAAGUUAAUACGAUAGCUUAAUGCACUAGAUGUUAAGCUUCUCUAUCAUCCAAACUAUGUUUAUUGGUUUAAGAUUAUGGAAGAUCAUAUUUCGAAAUAAAAAAUUAAAUAGAACUUAGCAAGCUUUAAUAAAAUUUAUAAAUGAAGUUAAAAAAUCAUGAAAAACUAAUAAAAUGUUCAAAAAAUAAUUGUCAAUUCUUUUGCAUUUGGUAGAAUAACUAGAAAGUAUAAUUUGGAUCGUUUACACAAUAAAAAAAUGGAUUUUGCCCUUAAUGUGUAGAAUAUAUUGUAAUUAAACAAUUAUAUUUUCUUGGUUAGUUAGAAAUGGAUGCCUUAUUCGAAACUCAUUUCUGA